UGGAACAGCGCGGUCGGUGCGCAAACGCACCAGUGCGUAACAGGAGAGACGGACGCGUAGGACCCACGAAUGCUGAACGCUGCAUAACCAAAUCCUUUUACUCUUAUAGUUUGUGUGAGUCUUAAAUGAAGAUAUAGAGGAUUUCCCCCCGAAACCUUGAGAUAAAGACAGACACAAGAUGUGCAGGAGCGCACACGGAGGCGCGCCGGAAUAUCGACACGCCUGCUCUGAAAACUCCGCGUCAUGAAGCAGCAGUCGCGCAAAGACCUUCCAUAGGUCAGUGUGGCGACGUCUUAAGUUAACAAAAGGGAGUUAAAAGAAAACAAGUACACAAAUAAACAAUGAACACAUCAGAGUCUGCUUGGCUCAUGGAUGAGCCGCGGAACAUGACAGACGAGGAGGAUGAGAAACUUUUGUUCGGGAUCGGCACGGAUAAUUUCAUCACGCUGCUGGUUUUCGCGCUCAUCUUUACGCUCGGCGUGCUGGGCAACUCCAUGGUGAUCACCGUCCUGGCGCGGAGCAAACCGGGGAAGCCACGGAGCACCACCAACAUAUUCAUCCUCAACCUGAGCAUAGCGGACCUCUCCUACUUGCUCUUCUGCAUCCCCUUUCAGUCCACCAUCUACAUGAUGCCAAGUUGGGUCCUGGGCGCAUUCAUCUGCAAGUUCAUCCACUAUUUCUUCACCGUGUCCAUGCUGGUGAGCAUCUUCACCUUGUCUGCCAUGUCCGUGGACCGAUACAUUGCCAUCGUGCACUCCAGGAAGUCCUCCACUAUCCGGGUGGCAAAGCACGCUUUGGUCGGAGUGGUGGUGAUUUGGAUACUCUCUCUGGCCAUGGCGGCACCUGUCAUGUACUACCAGAACAUCUUUCACAGGGGCAAUGACACCUUCUGCUGGGAAGUUUGGCCAAAUCAAAACCAGAGGAAAGUCUAUGUCGUUUGCACAUUUGUGUUUGGUUAUGUGCUGCCCCUGCUGCUGAUUUCCUUCUGUUAUGCAAAGGUUUUAAACCACUUGCACAAAAAACUAAGAAAUAUGUCCAAAAAAUCAGAGGCAUCAAAGAAAAAGACGGCUCAGACGGUGCUGGUGGUGGUGGUGGUCUUCUGCCUGUCUUGGCUGCCUCAUCACGUCGUUCACCUUUGGGUGGAGUUCGGGACGUUUCCGCUCAACCAGGCCUCCUUCGUGCUACGGGUGGCCGCCCACUGCCUGGCGUACAGCAACUCGUCCGUCAACCCGGUCAUCUACGCCUUCCUGUCAGAGAACUUCAGGAAGGCGUACAAGCAGGUGUUCAAGUGCCAAAUCGGCACCAGUGACUUCCCGCUCAACGACAUUAAAGAGAUCCGCAGCAAAGUGGACACGCCACCUUCGACUAACUGCACCAACGUUUGACUGAUCAAGUGUGGAAGUUGAAUUUAGGGCGCGACGAGGUGUCAAGGUGUGACAAGGUCCGUGUAAAGUAAUGGUGACAGUAAUGGAGCCUUCAUAUGAGUGUGGAUUUUUGGUAAGUGUAUUUGCUUAGAUAGCAGUAAAAAUGCAGUGGUUUAAAGUUUUAUUAAAACUGUGAAUACAAUUUAAAAUUCAAUAAUUUGGCUACAUUCUGUGUGAAGCCCUGGUGUGCAUGCCAGGAUUACAUCAGUUUCCUCUCAGUGUAUUCACAGGGAAAAAAACUGAACUGACCUCGGCCACAUGAUGUUGGUUCACUUAAUUAAAGGGUGUGAGAACUCCAACAGGAGACGACAUUUUUCAAUGUAACUCAACAAAAUAGUAUUUUCAGAUUAUAUUCAGUCGUUAAUUAAAAAGAGCAACAGCUGGAGAGUGUGUGAACAGUCCUGCGGUGCCCACUUUCUCAACAAAAAGACCUUGAGUGUCGCUCAUUAUUACUCGUACUUGUAAAAUUGCCUAAUUCUGUUAAAAAAAUAUAUGUUUUUCAAACUGAGAAAGAGAGGGGGAAAAAAACACGGCAACCAUUUGAAACCAUUGACUAUGGUUCACACUUAAAGGAAUACUUCAGCGAUUUGCAUUUAGCUUUGUAUUACGAGAACAGGGGUAGUAUUUUUGAAAAAUUGUGCUUCCCAACCUUAGUUUCCCCUGAGUUGAGAAAUAUCGUGAUUCUUUUUUUCUUACGUGCCCAUCAGUGACACUUAUUUCUGUUAGCGUAACUGUUAGCAAAGAUGGCGGACACUGUUUACAUUCUGGGAAUGAGGUCCCACCCCCCUAAAAAGUGUGGAAUUAGCAUUGCAGGGCACUAGCGUAGCCUUGGACCAAGUGUCACUGGCAGACGACGUAACCAAAAAAGAAUGAAGAUAUUUCUCGACUCAGUGGAAUCUGAGGUCGGGAAGCACAAUUUUCCAAAAAUACUUCCUCUAUUCUAGUAAUACAAAGGUGAAGUAUUCCUGUAAAGUUCUCCAAGUUCCUCUAAGUCUAAAAAAAAAUUGUUAAAUGGGACAUUUUACAAGAAAAUGAGAAAAUGUUGAGCCAUUUUAGAAUCACGCAGCUACUGGGGCUUAGCUAAAGUACCGGUGUUCCUCUGACAGCUCCACCUCCACACAGUUAAACAUUUACUGGAACCCUAUUGAAGUUCAAAAUCUUGUUUUCAAUUUAAUAUCCAGUCACAUUCCUUGAAGACAAAAUGUGUGGGCUGUAAAAAAAUAAUAAUAUAUAUAACAUGUAAUUUAUUUCAUUAUUGCUUUAAAUGCCACGUCUGAAGAAAGGUUGUUCAUGUGGAUAAUUAUUCCUUUCCCAUUGAUUAAAACAUGUACUUAUGCAGAUUUGUUUGUGAAUUUUAUAGACCCCCCGACGACUAUAAUUAAUUCACAUAUGUCUGUGAACGCCUCUGUCUGUGUUUGGGUGUUAAUGGUAUUUUAACAGUUUUGACAUUGUGCUGUGUUUGUAUGACUGAGCCAAGCUUGAUGCUUGUUUUGCACUGUAUCCAAUAGCCAUCUUUGUGGAAAAAAAACAGAA